AUGUCCGCCGCCCCUACCCAAGUCCGCCACCUCGUCAACUUCAUCACCGGCAACGCCAACAAGCUCGGCGAAGUCAAGGCGAUCCUCGAGCCGGCCAUCCAGGUCGAGAACCAGGCGCUUGAUCUGCUUGAGAUUCAGGGAACUUUGGAGGAGGUCACGCUUGAUAAGUGCCGGAGGGCUGCUGAUUUGGUCCAAGGCCCCGUCCUCGUCGAAGAUACCUGCCUCUGCUUCAAUGCCUUGAAGGGUCUUCCCGGUCCUUAUAUCAAAUGGUUCAUGAAGGAUCUCGGCCAUGAAGGCCUCAACAAUCUCCUGGCCGCCUACGAGGACAAGUCGGCCAAGGCCGUCUGCACUUUCGGCUACUCUGCCGGACCCGGCCACGAGCCCAUUCUCUUCCAGGGCAUCACCGACGGCAAGAUCGUUCCUGCGAGGGGUCCUCCUCACUUUGGUUGGGACGCCAUCUUCGAAUACGAAGGCCAGACAUACGCCGAGAUGGACAAGACGGAAAAGAACAAGAUUUCUCACCGUGCCAAGGCUCUUGCUAAGUUGCAGGAGUGGUUCGCGAAGGAGAUGACCGCUUGA